AUGAAUGAAGUGGUGCAAAAGGAGGUGCUGCAGUUGUGGCAAGUCGGGGUGAUUUACCCAAUCUCAGACAGCCCUUGGGUAAGCCCUGUGCAAGUAGUUCCCAAGAAAGGAAGGAUCAUUGUUGUGCCAAAUGAGAAGAAUGAAUUAAUACCAACAAGAAUAAUGACUGGCUGGCACAUAUGCAUUGAUUAUAGGAAGCUCAAUGAGGCUACCAGGAAGGACCGCUUCCCCCUACCUUUCAUGGACCAGAUGCUAGAAAGACUUGUAGGACAUGAAUAUUAUUGCUUCUUGGACGGCUAUUCUGGUUACAACCAAAUAGUUGUAGACCCCAAGGACCAGGAGAAAACUUCAUUUACUUGGCCCUAUGCCCUCAAAUAUUUGCUGAUCAAGCAGGAUUCCAAGCCUAGGUUGAUAAGAUGGGUCUUGCUACUUCAAGAGUUUAACAUAAAGAUAAAAGAUAGAAGUAGGGCAGAGAACAAGUUGAUGAUGAUUCAAGAAAGCCCUUGGUUUGCUGAUAUAGCCAACUUCAAGGCUAUUGGGGAGUUGCCCACCAACAUUAACAAGUACAUGAGGAAGAAGCUACUCAAUGAUGCUAAACACUACAUCUGGGAUGAGCCAUACUUGUUUAAAAAGGGUGUUGAUGGAAUUUUGAGGAGGUGUAUUUCACAAGAGGAAGGGCAAGAAGUGUUGUGA